UGUUGCAGAUGUCACUGGUGCCAUCACCUUGGGGACAACAUGUGGCUCUUAACAGCUCUGCUCCUCUGGGGAGGCAGUAAGGGAGUUUUUCCUGAGAAAAUACUACAACUGAAGGCUGGGAUGCAUCAGCCCUUAGAGAGGAAGGGACCUGCUGAGAGAGGAGUGGAUGAGCAGGAGGCUCCACCCGAGGAAGCAGGACCCUCCUCUGAGUCCCACAGCAGGAAAUACUCCCUGAUCCAACAUCAGGCUCGAGAGUUGACCCGCCUGCGGCAGAAGGUGAGGCUUGGCGGGGCCGUCUCUUCCCUCCUCAUCCAGCAUGUCAAGAACACAGUGAAGAACUUUGAGGAGCUUCUCAGCAGCAGUAAACUUGACCGUUCCGUGGAGCAGCACUUCCAUGACUAUAUAAAUAAGAAGAAUCAGAGGGGACAGAUGCUUCGGACUCUCAGUAUCUUAAGGAAGAUGAAUAAGAUGGGCGGAGGGACGGAAGUCCUAGAGACCAGGGAGGAUGCCCCGCCCUGGACUCUGUUCCAGAUCCACUCCAGCAGCUGUUCACAGUGGACCGCCCGUUGCUACCCCAGCUGCGCCUCCCCACUGCCUGAGGAGCAGAAAGUGCGCCCCCUGGUGAAUGUCGCCAAUGGCAGCCUGGCCACCCCUGCUGACCCAGCCUCAUUGCCCAGCCCCCACUCAGGAGCCAGACCUGCCCAGUCCUUCUUCCAUACUGGACACCGUGGGUGCAGCAGCCCGGGAGACGAGACGAGGCCUCAGAAAAUGAAUGCGUCCGGGCACCUGUCCUCCUCCUCCUCCUCCUCUUUCUACCGGCCCAGCUCCACCUCCUCUGGGGCCGACCUGCUGGAAAAGAACCUUGUUGAAAUCCAGAACCUGCGCCAGCGCCUGGAGGACUCUGUCUGCACCAAUGACCGCCUGCAGGAGAGACUAGAACAUGCACUCAGCAAUCUGGACGAAGGUAAAGGUGCUGCACAGUGAGCUCCAUCCAGAUGGCUCUCUCACUCAUGCACUCAGGGUCCUUCAUCCAGCUCUGGUCAGGACCUCUGUGACAUGGAGAUGCCUGAAGGGCCUAGAGGGAUGUUCUUCGGAACAUGUCCAGCCCCUUCCAACAGCAUUCUUGGCUGUGGAUUUGGAAGCAUCAGACAUUACAUUUAAGUGA